AUGGACGGAGUCUUGCCUCUUCAAACAGUUCCCCAACUACGAUUUAGCCUUGGCUGUGGUUCGUUCCAGGUUUGCAGCCCGCAAUUUAGGGAUCCUCACGAAUCGCAGACCGAGACGCUCUCCUCAGCGCGCGAUCCCCACUCGAGUUUUUCUGGCCCUAAAGAAGCGCCAAAUAUGCCUGUGGGCCUUACGAAUUCAGACCGCCCUCUUGUGGAACGUACAGCUAGCCGCGCCAUUUAG